UAUAUAUUUUUUUAAAUGUUUCUGUGGCUAUUCAAAAAUUGGGGGAGAUUACUGAUUAUAUAAUUAAAUAAAUAGUACACAAUAUAUGAUUGAAGUUCUAAUAUGACUCGCCAAGAGUCUUGUCGUUCUAACAUGUAUCGGCUUUGAUUCUGUUACUGUGCUUUCUGUUAAAAUAAUAAACACACUUGUCGCAACACAAUCCAACGCUCAAACACAUGUAAAGGCUGUGUUCUUGAGCCUCCUUCACAUGAUAUACAUAUAUAUAUACCUCUAUUGCUUCCUUUGAAUUAGAAAGACUCCAAAUUUCACAACCGAAAGGCCAUCUCUUCUAGCAUACUUCAAAUUAUCUCCAAUGGCAUUGAAGCUACUUCACCUUCUCUUGGUUCUCUCUUUUAUAGGUACAACAAAACAAUUGCACCCACAUAACUAUAUUUUUCGUUUUCCUUUUCUUCUUAAUAUAUUCUAACACUUCUAAAUUCUUGGGAAAAUUUUCAGGUGUUGAUGCUGCCGUUUUUACGUUACAAAACAAUUGUGGAAACACCGUGUGGCCGGGGAUCCAAGGCGGAGAAGGAAAAGCUCCACUAAUGAAUGGUGGUCUGCGGCUAAGAAGUGGAGAAAAUGUGAAUAUCAGUGCCCCAGAAGGGUGGUCAGGCCGGUUCUGGGGCCGCAGUUUGUGUUCAUUUGAUCAGUCAGGCAGGGGAACAUGCAUCACCGGAGACUGUGGAGGCAAAUUACAAUGUUCCGGGGCAGGCGGUGCACCACCUGCUACGCUUGCAGAGUUUACCCUAAAUAGUCCUGUGGAUUAUUAUGAUGUUAGCCUAGUUGAUGGCUAUAACAUGCCUGUCUCAAUAAUCCCUUUGGGUGUUUCAAGCUCAUGUAACCGUGCUACGUGUGUUUCUGACUUGAACCAACGCUGCCCAAAUGGCUUGGAAGUGAAGAGAAAUGGGCGUGUUGUUGCAUGCAAGAGUGCAUGCUUGGCAUUGAAUAGGCCUCAGUAUUGCUGCACUGGACAAUACAGCAAUGCUCAGACUUGCAAGCCUACAAGCUAUUCGAAUGCGUUCAAGGCUGCUUGUCCUACUGCUUAUACUUAUGCCUAUGAUGAUCAGACAAGCCUUUUUACUUGUGAUGGAGCUGAUUACUUGAUUAGGUUUUGUUAAAUUUUAUGCAAAAAGAAAGAAAUCUAUGCAUAUGCAUAUAUAUAGAUUAUACUUUCUGCUCAGCUUAUACUAUUGCAAGAGAGGCCGCUAGUUUCUUUUUCUUUUUCUUUUCUUUUCCUUCUCUCCUCAAAUUGUCUUUAAAUUUUAGUA